AUGUUCAGGAUACCACCUCUGGAACGAUGCCAUCUCCUCGAAAAGCAGUACCUUACGACAUUCCACUGCAAGGAUUAUAUCGAAGCUUUGCAGUUUUUGGAUGAUCUUCACUCUGAGAAUGAAGAGCCAGAUGUUACUGAUGAUGUUUCCGAAUUUUUGGACAACUUUGGUCUUAGCUACGAUUGCCAGGGUUUUCCUGGAGUGUAUGAGUACGCAUUAUCGGCUGUUAGAGGAACUUUGGCCGCUGUUGACUGUUUGAUUAAUUCCCAAUGUCGGGUUGCUAUCAACUGGGCAGGGGGGUGGCACCAUGCAAAGCGGGCCGAGGCAUCCGGAUUUUGCUAUCUUAAUGACAUUGUUCUGGGCGCACAGCGUCUCCUAUCUUCCCCCAGUUUUUCUAUGGGCCCCUUGUUAUAUAUUGACCUUGAUCUUCAUCAUGGUGACGGCGUCGAGGAGGCAUUCGCAUGCACAUCACGCGUUAUUACCUUCUCAGUCCAUCAUGCCUCUGCGGGUUUUUUCCCAGGCACUGGUGUAACGAAUGAGUCAAAUGGUGCUUAUUUCACAGGUGUCCGUGGUGGUCGGUUCUCGUGUUUCAAUCUUCCCUUGGGUGAGUCAAUAGCUGAAGGCGCAGACGACCAAACCUGGUGGUCUGCCGUAGAACCUGUUCUCAGAGCCCUUCAUCGGUCAGUAAAACCAAUCGCCAUUUUUAUUCAGUGCGGAGCUGACGCCCUUUCCUCUGACCCACAUCGAAUUUUUAACUUAUCGGCUUCGACCGUCACUCACAAAUCGGCUUACAUCUCUGCGCUCGAGUUAGUGCUCAACUGGCAUCUCCCUACCCUUAUUUUUGGUGGUGGCGGCUACCACUUUGGUGACACUGCGCGUCUGUGGACGAUGCUGACUGCCGUAGCGCUCUCUUGCUCCAGCGAAGAGAAAAUUGAACUGGACCAAGACAUCCCAGACCACGCGAAUCUGGUCUCGUUUGGCCCCGAUUUUACUCUGGACGUGCGGCCUUCGAUGCGACUAAACAAAAAUACUGAGGAUGUCGUUUCCCAACAUGUUGAGCGACUUCUCCGUCAGAUUGACGAUUACUGUUCGUUCAAUCGCCUGGGUCCAUAG